AUGUCUGUGCGCAUCGGCCUCGAUAUUCGUCCACAUUCGAUAGUUCCACUUAUCAUUCAACCUCUGUUCGUCCCUGCCCUUGAGGGGACAUUGGAAAUUUCACACUCCUGUGCCUCCCGCGCCUUCAGCAAGCUCUGUACCGGCGAAGACAUCUCGGGAUUCCAGUACACCAAGCUUACUCCAACAGUAAUUGAUCCCACUGCAGACCAGCUGUCGUAUAUCACACUUCCAAUAGAACUCUCUCCAGUCGUCAGUUCCUACCAUACUGUCUAUAGCGGACCGAACACUGUGUCUACGACUCCCAGUCAAAGCACUGCCUUCGUGACCACGCACUCCCAAACUUCAAAACGGACAACAGCUUCUGGCUCAAACGAGGCCACUAAAGUGCCUAACUCAUCAAGUAUACCAGCAGUACCUACUUGCGCUAUGUGGCUCCUGGUGACUAUAAGCCUCCGUUUUGGAACCAUCCACAUCGCGUCGCUCGCGAUCAGUAUAGUGUUAACCACAUCGACGACCUCCACAAUAGCCAACACACAGGCCCAAACAUUGACCUUCCUCCCACCACCAACAUACGUCAGCAACCUCCAGAACGCCGCAAUAUCAGCCACUGACAUUCCAACCCCCAUUAUCUCAAGUACCGACCUAUGGACCGCCGACUUAUCGACUAUUCGAACAUCGACCCCUGAGCCAUCCAGCGCCAACUCUUCGAAUGCGGCGUCCUCGAGCGUACUUCCUUCGAGGACAGGCGCAGGUGGUGUAGUGGUGGAAGUUAGUGGAGCGUGGGUGAUGUGUUUAGGAUUGUUGGGCCUACAGGCUGGGUUGUUGUAUGUGUAG